AAGGUUGACUGAAGUGGACAAGAUCCUCAUUUUCAAUAAAGAAAUCAAGCUGCGGCAGCUUAUAAUGGCGACCCCUGAAGAAAGCAGCAACCCCCAUGAGAGAGCGACACCCCAGCUGCCAGCACAGCUGCAGGAGCUUGAGUCUCGGGUGGCCCGGAGACGCCUGUCCCAGGCCCGCCACCGAGCCACCCUGGCGGCGCUCUUUGACAAUCUCAGGAAGACAGUGUACUCUCAGUCCGAUCUCACAGCCUCAAAGUGGCAGGUUCUGAAUAAGGCAAGGAGCCACAUUCCGGAACUGGAGCAAACCCUGGAUAAUCUGCUGAAGCUCAAAGCAUCCUUCAACCUGGAGGAUGGGCAUGCAAGCAGCUUAGAGGAGGUCAAGAAAGAAUAUGCCAGCGUGUAUUCUGGAAAUAACAGUUUUCCUCAGAAUGGUUCCUCCCCUUGGUAUCUCAACUUUUACAAACAGACGAUGGACCUUCUGACUGGCAGUGGGAUCGUCUCCCUGCAGGAGGCGGCACUGCCCAUCGUCUCCGCGGCCAUCUCCCACCUGUGGCAGAACCUCUCGGAGGAGAGGAAGGCCAGCCUCCGGCAGGCCUGGGUGCAGAAGCACCGUGACCCGGCGAGCCUGGCGGGGGCCUGCCGGGAGGCGGCCUGUGCUGAGGGCAGCGUGAAGGACAGCGGCGUGGACAGCCAGGGGGCCAGCUGCUCGCUGGUCUCCACGCCAGAGGAGAUCCUUUUUGAAGAUGCCUUUGAUGUGGCAAGUUUCCUGGACAAAAGUGAGGGUCCAAGUACAUCUAGCUCCAGUUCAGUGCUUGCCAGCUCCAACCCAGAAAACCCAGAGGAAAAGUUUCAGCUCUACAUGCAGAUUAUCAACUUUUUUAAAGGCCUUGGCUGUGCAAACACUCAAGUAAAACAGGAAGCAUCCUUUCCUGUUGAUGAAGAGAUGAUCAUGUUGCAGUGCACGGAGACCUUUGACGAUGAAGAUUUGUAAUGCAGAAGUGGGGCUGGGACGGGAGGGAUGGAAUGAGGUGGGCAGUUCCCAAGGCAGCUAAGGUUGCACGUGCCUUGGCCUCCAGGACCCUUUGGAGUGGGUUGUUCCAGAAGCAUUUUGAUGAUUUUCUGAUUAUUAUAAUGUAUAAGAGAAG